AUGGGACUGUGUUCUCAUAAUGGAUUGUUAGUGAUGUUGCUGUUUCAUCUUUGCCAGGCACAAGAUGAUGCUCUCCCCUCCCCUGACCCAGAGCCAGCCCCGCCAAGCCUGGGUGAUGUGAUUGAUGCAAUGAAGGCAGCCUUUGAGCAGGCAGUACAGAUCUCGACAACCGGCACUGUACGCGAGGCCUUGGAGCAGGUCGUAGGUGAACUCUCGCCACAGAAGACUCCAGAAGAGCAGUCACCAGUGGUUGAGACCGCAGUUGAUUAUACAACAGAAGUAGCAGCUAAAGAGGAGGCAGUGGUGCUCACUGCAGGAGAACCAGAUGCUCAUUUGUUAGAAUCAAGUGAACAGACAUUUGAGGAACCAGCUCAAGAAGGUCUGACUCAAGAUAUUGAGCCUGCAGAGGAGAUUCAAGGACUGAUACCGCAGGACGAGUCAUCAAUUUCAGAGCCAGAUGAGAAAUCAGUUAUAAAACCAGGAGGGUUGGUCCUUGAGGCAGUAAAUUCAGUUCAGGAACCAGUAGAAUCGGUUUUGCAAGACCUUGAGAUUGUUGAAGUGGGUGAAGCAAUGACUGAGGAAAGCCAUGCAGAUGAAUCACCUGUCCAGAUUUAUCCUGAUACACAAAAAGAAAAACAAUCAGAAAGAGUAGCUGCAGAAAUGCAAGUGGUUGAAGAUGAAGAUGUGGAAGAGCCAGAACAGGGAUUAAUUGAGAAGGAGACUCAGUUGUCUGAGAUGGAAGAGAAAACUGCAAAGGGGGAAAUAGAGAAAGUAGAGGUGAUGAUAAGUAGGGGACAAGUUAAACUACAAGGACAACAAGAAAAAGAAUCUGUGGAAAGGCAAGAUACAGAAUGGGAUAAAGAAUCAGAGCAUAGUCAAGAGGAAUGGCAGGCGGUAACAGCACAGAUGGGUCCAGAUGGUGGUGUGGUUGAUAUGGUUGAAGUAGAACAGGAAGUAGCGAAGACUGAAGAAGGUGUGAUUGAAGUUGAAGCAAGGAGAGAGGAGGUAGAGGCUGGAUCUGAAGCACAGCUCAAGAAGGUUUCAAGAGAGGAGGAGGUUCAUCCAACCGACAAAACAGAACUGGAGAAAACUCAACAGGAACCAGAGGUCACCGUGGAUACUCGGGGACCAAUUAAGUUGCAGGAGCCUGUUAUCACGAAGUCAAAAGCAACAGGCGGUAAAACACAUGAGGCCAGCGAUGUAAAUGAGAUUAUCAGCUCCAGAGACCCGAACAAGAACAACCAGGGUGUACCAGUGUUGAUGAACACUGUUGAGGAGCUCCCACCAACACCAGUUCUCAAACUGAGGCUUGGAGAUACUGAUGCACCAGUGGAGGAACAUGCUGACUCUACACAGUCCAAAGCCAUAGGGCAGGAAGCAUGGAAGAUAGGAGCCAUAGCAGCAGCUUUCUUUCUCAUUCUGCAAACUGCUGUCACCAUUGUCUACAUUCUGAAGUGCAGGAGAAAGCCAAAUAGUGUGGCCUCAAAGAACCUGUGUGCUGGAGGAAACGGAGGCAUAGAAUGUGAUGCAAACAACACAGAUACCACCAUUCCAAUCGAUGAACAAACUGCUGUAGACGACCUUCCAGAGUACUCAGAGGUCCAGCAAGAGGAUGUUGCUAUGACAACUAUCCCACUGGAUUCCACAGAGAAGAAUUCGUCCUAUGACCCCAGAACCUCUGUGGUUUAG